AUGUGUGUAUUGAAUUUUGCUACAAUCCGGCAACCAGAGCUCUCCGUGGUUGCGGGCGUGCCGAAUGGCAAUAUUAUCGCGUUGAGCGACCCAGGCCAGCAUCUUCAAGGCGAUGACAGACUGUUUGUUUUCAGGCUUGUAUCCGCAAGGAGGAAUGACGGCGGUGGUGUUCUCCUGCAGGAACGUUUUACGGAAGACGAGAUUACAAGCAUAGGCAAUGGUGAGACAAGAGGCGAAAGGGUCAACAUCUGUGACUUGAUGGAAAAGUUGGCGGAACUCGAAACAACAACGACGCAAAAUGUCCACAUAGGACUGGCAGUACCGCAGAAUUUUGGCUUGAAAGUCGAACUCGUCCUGAUGCUGGACUUGAUCGUUUUACCAUUAAUAAAACUUUUCGCGGUCAUCGGUGCUCAUGCCUUCAGGAUCGUAGAACGUGGCUUCAGGCAUUGGCCCCACAUAGUCCUGGUUCUCAGCACGGUUAAAGAAAUGAGGGAAGUAACCUUUCUGAAGCUCUGUGAGACAAACGUUUUCAGGAAGACGGCGAGUUUCAUUGGAUUGAAGCAAAGGAAAUCGAUGAAUUUAAUGUUAAUCUCUUACACGGUGAGGGAAAGGAUUUUUGCGCCACGAGUAAUAAUUUCUGGAGUGAUACCAUUCUUGUAGAG